UUCUGACUGUCAUAUUAGUUAAUACAUCAUCAUCCUAUUAAUAGCUUAAUAUGUGGGGCUGCCCUGCCAUUGGUGCCGGUUAAGAUGCAUGCGCAGCCUCGGGCGCUGAUUGGCUGCUGACCGAGCACUCCGCGCGAUGGGGCCGAAAAAAAGGUCACGGCGAGAUCUGCACGAACUUGAAGAAGUGGUUAUCAAACAUGCACGGCUGGAGGAAUCUGGCUGGACGGGCGUGAACGAGCGCACCUUCAUCGCCGUGAAGCCAGAUGGCGUGCAGCGGAGACUGGUGGGAGAGAUCAUCCGCCGCUUCGAGAAGAAGGGCUUCAAACUGGUGGCACUCAAACUUGUGCAGGCAUCUGAGGACCUUCUCAGGGAGCACUACUGGGACCUGCGGGGGAAACCUUUCUUCAAUGGACUCAUAAGCCACAUGAGCUCUGGACCUGUCGUUGCCAUGGUGUGGCAGGGCUUACACGUGGUCAAGAUCGCACGCUCCAUGUUGGGAGAGACCAACCCUCUGGACUCGAUGCCUGGAACCAUCCGAGGAGAUUUCUGUGUGGAAGUGGGCAGGAACGUGAUCCAUGGCAGCGACUCUGUGGAAAGUGCCCAGAAGGAGAUUUCUCUGUGGUUCCGCCAGAGUGAGCUUCAGUGCUGGGAGGACACCAGCAGCCACUGGGUCUACCCCUGACAGUCUAAUGGUACAUACAAUCAUGUUGAUAAGCCAGUGUUUCUACCAAGUCAGCUGCACACACUACAGGAUCGAUCACACCAUACCUCUGAAUGCUUUAUUUUCGCUGUGGCUUUAGUAGCAAAUACCAAUAAGAGACAUGGUUACAUUGUUGCUUUGCUGCAUCUCUCACUGGUCAUUUUUUGUUGACAAAUACAAUGGAUGUAGUUGUUUUUUUGUUUUCUUUUGGAUCAGUUGCACUACAUAUCAGCUGCUAUUGCUGCUUUUGAGAGAUGAAUGUGCUUUACAAAGCGAAAGUGCACUCAGUGAGUAAUAACUUGACCUAGCCUUAGCCCACAUGCUAUUAUGUGCCCCCGGCCCUGGCACAGUCUUCUGGAAAACUAGCGUGUGUGUAUGUGUGUGUUUCUGCAGCAGUUUCCACAAAACCAUAGAAUGACUAAUCUCUUGAGCAAUAAGCUUGAAUUUGGAGCACUUAAAGGGCCAUGUUUACUUUAUUUUUUUUUAUAAUUUUCAUAAUGAUCACAUUGAACGCAUCAGGGAAUGUCAAAGUAACUGAAUUUAAACCCAGACUAAAACUUUGUUCUCCUCAACUUGAAAUUCUCCGAGGUCAUAACAGUAAGAUUGUCCUUCAGUGCCACAGUAAACACUGUCGUGUUUGAGUUGGGACCAUCCGAAUGUAAUGAGGUCAAGUUCAAAACAUAAUCCAUAAGUGAAAUGAACAGCUGGCUGUGUGCUUGAAGCAUAUGGUCUUAAUGUCAAUAUGUCAACAUGGUUUGGUCACAAAUCAUGCUAUCAUGGAAUUCCACAGGAUAAUGUACGAAUCAUUGAAACUGUCAGAAACAAUAAAUCUGAUCAAUCUUUGUAAA